AUGUCCGGCACCAACAGCCCCGAGGCAGUGAAGAAGCUGCUGGAGAACAUGCAGAGCGAUUUACGGGCCUUGUCCCUGGAAUGCAAGAAGAAAUUCCCACCUGUCAAAGAGGCUGCUGAAUCAGGAAUAAUAAAAGUUAAAACAAUAGCUGCACGAAACACCGAAAUUUUGGCAGCUUUGAAAGAGAACAGCUCAGAGGUUGUUCAGCCGUUCCUAAUGGGUUGUGGAACCAAGGAGCCGAAGAUUACUCAGCUGUGUUUGGCCGCCAUUCAGAGACUCAUGUCCCAUGAAGUCGUGUCUGAGACUGCAGCUGGAAAUAUAAUUAAUAUGCUUUGGCAGCUAAUGGAAAACAGUCUUGAAGAACUUAAGCUACUUCAAACAGUUCUUGUUCUUUUAACAACCAAUACGGUAGUUCAUGAUGAGGCACUUUCUAAGGCAAUUGUUCUUUGUUUUCGACUACACUUCACAAAAGAUAAUAUUACAAAUAAUACAGCUGCUGCUACAGUGCGACAAGUUGUUACUGUUGUUUUUGAGAGGAUGGUUGCUGAAGACGAACGGCACCGAGAUAUUAUAGAACAACCAGUACUGGUCCAAGGAAACAGUAACAGAAGAUGUGUCAGCACCCUCAAACCUUGUGCUAAAGAUGCAUAUAUGCUUUUCCAGGAUCUUUGUCAGUUGGUUAAUGCUGAUGCCCCUUACUGGCUAGUAGGCAUGACAGAAAUGACUCGAACAUUUGGCCUUGAAUUACUUGAGUCAGUCCUGAAUGAUUUUCCACAGGUCUUUUUACAACACCAAGAGUUUAGUUUCCUUCUCAAAGAAAGGGUAUGUCCUCUUGUGAUAAAACUCUUUUCUCCAAAUAUAAAGUUCAGACAAGGUUCCAGCUCUUCAUCUUCUCCAGCACCAGUUGAAAAACCGUAUUUUCCUAUCUGCAUGCGUUUGCUGAGAGUAGUAUCUGUUCUGAUUAAGCAAUUUUACAGUCUUUUGGUAACUGAAUGUGAGAUAUUUCUGUCACUUCUGGUGAAAUUUCUGGAUGCAGAUAAACCACAGUGGCUACGAGCUGUUGCAGUAGAAUCUAUACACAGACUCUGUGUGCAGCCUCAGCUAUUAAGGUCAUUUUGUCAGUCCUAUGAUAUGAAACAGCAUUCUACCAAGGUUUUUCGUGAUAUUGUAAAUGCCCUGGGAUCUUUUAUCCAGUCAUUGUUUCUUGUCCCUCCUACUGGAAAUCCUGCUACAACAAACCAAGCUGGAAAUAAUAACUCAGGGGGCCCUGUCUCAACACCAGCUAACUCAGGAAUGUUGGGGAUUGGUGGAGGUGUUACUUUGCUACCAGCAUUUGAAUAUAGAGGAACUUGGAUACCUAUUCUGACUAUAACAGUACAAGGGAGUGCAAAAGCCACCUACCUGGAGAUGUUGGACAAAGUUGAGCCCCCAACUAUACCAGAAGGUUAUGCUAUGUCUGUGGCAUUCCACUGUUUGCUAGACCUUGUACGUGGAAUCACUAGUAUGAUUGAAGGAGAGUUAGGAGAGGUUGAAACAGAAUGUCAGACUACCACUGAAGCAGCUUCUUCACCAACACAGUCAUCAGAACGGCAAGAAUCACAGUCAACGUCAGACCAAAUGGAUAAGGAAAUAGUCAGUAGAGCUGUUUGGGAAGAAAUGGUGAAUGCCUGCUGGUGUGGUUUACUUGCUGCUCUCUCACUCCUUCUUGAUGCCAGCACAGAUGAAGCUGCCACUGAGAAUAUUUUAAAAGCUGAACUGACUAUGGCUGCUCUUUGUGGAAGACUGGGCCUUGUAACUUCAAGAGACGCCUUUAUAACUGCAAUAUGCAAAGGUUCCCUGCCCCCCCAUUAUGCUCUUACUGUGCUGAAUACCACCACCGCAGCCACGCUUUCCAACAAAUCAUAUUCCAUUCAGGGCCAGAAUGUUAUGAUGAUAAGUCCAUCAAGUGAAUCUCACCAGCAAGUUGUGGCAGUUGGUCAACCUCUGGCAGUCCAGCCUCAAGGAACAGUAAUGCUCACUUCCAAAAAUAUCCAGUGUAUGAGGACUUUACUUAACUUGGCACACUGCCAUGGAGCUGUUCUUGGAACAUCAUGGCAACUUGUCUUGGCGACCCUACAGCAUCUUGUAUGGAUUCUGGGAUUAAAGCCUAGUAGUGGUGGUGCCUUGAAACCUGGGAGAGCUGUAGAAGGACCCAGUACAGUUCUCACAACAGCAGUGAUGACAGAUUUACCAGUGAUUUCCAAUAUACUUUCAAGAUUGUUUGAAAGCUCACAGUAUCUUGAUGAUGUAUCAUUGCAUCAUUUAAUAAAUGCACUUUGCUCCUUAUCCCUAGAAGCAAUGGAUAUGGCCUAUGGAAAUAAUAAGGAACCAUCUCUUUUUGCUGUUGCCAAAUUGUUAGAAACUGGUCUAGUUAACAUGCACCGAAUAGAAAUUCUUUGGAGACCUCUAACUGGCCAUCUACUUGAGGUGUGCCAGCAUCCAAACUCUCGAAUGAGAGAAUGGGGAGCAGAAGCUUUAACUUCACUUAUUAAAGCAGGAUUAACAUUUAGUCAUGAUCCUCCACUUUCACAAAACCAGAGACUACAGUUGCUUUUAUUGAACCCAUUGAAAGAAAUGUCCAGUAUUAACCAUCCAGAUAUCCGACUUAAGCAAUUAGAAUGUGUGUUACAGAUUCUUCAGAGUCAGGGAGACAGUCUUGGGCCUGGAUGGCCAUUAGUGCUUGGAGUCAUGGGAGCAAUCAGAAAUGAUCAAGGAGAAUCUUUGAUACGAACUGCAUUCCAGUGUCUUCAGUUGGUUGUGACAGAUUUUCUACCAACAAUGCCUUGCACAUGCCUGCAGAUUGUUGUAGAUGUAGCAGGUAGCUUUGGACUUCAUAACCAAGAACUUAAUAUUAGUUUAACUUCAAUAGGUUUAUUGUGGAAUAUUUCAGAUUAUUUUUUCCAAAGAGGGGAAACUAUUGAAAAAGAAUUAAAUAAAGAAGAGGCAGCACAGCAAAAACAGGCAGAAGAAAAAGGAGUGGUUUUAAAUCGGCCCUUCCACCCUGCACCACCGUUUGAUUGCUUGUGGCUGUGUCUUUAUGCAAAAUUGGGUGAACUAUGUGUGGACCCCCGUCCUGCUGUGAGGAAAAGUGCAGGGCAAACUCUGUUUUCAACAAUUGGUGCACAUGGAACUUUGUUACAGCAUUCAACAUGGCAUACUGUUAUUUGGAAGGUUCUCUUUCAUCUAUUGGACCGAGUUCGGGAAUCUUCUACCACUGCAGACAAAGAAAAGAUUGAGUCUGGAGGUGGGAAUAUUCUCAUUCAUCAUUCAAGGGACACAGCAGAGAAGCAGUGGGCAGAGACCUGGGUUUUAACAUUGGCCGGAGUAGCAAGAAUCUUUAACACUAGAAGAUAUUUACUGCAACCUUUAGGAGAUUUUUCAAGAGCAUGGGAUGUUCUUCUUGACCAUAUACAAUCAGCUGCACUCAGCAAAAACAAUGAAGUAUCUCUGGCUGCCCUGAAAAGCUUCCAGGAAAUUUUACAGAUUGUGUCCCCCGUCAGAGACUCAGAUAAGCCCGAGACACCACCUGCAGUUAAUGUACCUGUGCCUGUCCUGCUAGGGUCCCUAUCAGGCCCUGGCCUGAGCAGACCGUUUGUAAGAACAGAUUCCAUUGGAGAGAAACUUGGACGAUACAACAGCUCUGAGCCACCCAUAGUUACUGACGAGCUUGAAGAUUUGAAUCUCUGGUGGGCUGCGUGGAAUACCUGGUAUAGAAUUGGAUCGGAAAGCACUAAGCCUCCUGUUACUUUUGACAAAUUGACUUUCAUCCCCAGCCAGCCUUUCCUUACAGCUUUAACUCAGAUAUUCCCAGCUCUCUACCAGCACAUAAAGGCUGGUUUCAGCAUGGGCGACUUGCAGAAGCUGGGAGUCACACUGCAUAGUGCUGUGUCAGUCCCCAUAAGUUCAGACGCGUCCCCUUUUAUUCUUCCAUCUUAUACUGAAGCAGUUUUGACAAGUUUACAAGAAGCUGUGCUUACAGCUUUAGAUGUUCUCCAGAAGGCCAUCUGUGUAGGGCCAGAAAACAUGCAGAUAAUGUAUCCAGCUAUAUUUGACCAGUUACUGGCAUUUGUGGAAUUUUCCUGUAAACCUCCACAGUAUGGACAGCUGGAAACAAAGCACAUUGCAAAUGCAAAAUAUAAUCAGAUCCAACUAUUUGCACCGGCGGAAUGGGUAGCCUUGAAUUAUGUACCGUUUGCUGAAAGGUCUUUAGAAGUAGUUGUGGAUUUAUACCAAAAAACAGCCUGUCACAAAGCAGUGGUGAAUGAGAAAGUACUCCAGAAUAUUAUUAAGACCCUUAGGGUUCCUCUCAGUUUGAAAUAUUCCUGCCCUUCUGAAAGCACAUGGAAACUAGCAGUAUCUUCUCUCCUCAAAGUUCUUUCUAUUGGGCUACCUGUUGCCCGGCAGCAUGCUUCUUCUGGAAAAUUUGACAGUAUGUGGCCAGAACUAGCCAAUACUUUUGAAGACUUUCUCUUUACUAAAAGCAUACCUCCAGAUAAUCUCUCUAUUCAAGAAUUUCAGAGAAAUGAAAGUAUUGACGUUGAGGUAGUUCAGCUUAUCAGCACUGAGAUACUACCUUAUGCCAAUUUUAUUCCUAAGGAAUUUGUUGGUCAGAUAAUGACUAUGCUUAAUAAGGGCUCAAUACAUUCUCAGUCAUCUUCAUUUACAGAAGCAGAGAUUGAUAUUCGUUUGAGAGAGGAAUUUUCGAAAAUGUGUUUUGAAACAUUGCUCCAGUUUUCCUUCAGUAACAAAGUCACAACACCUCAAGAAGGCUAUAUCUCACGAAUGGCACUCUCAGUACUUUUAAAGAGGUCUCAAGAUGUACUUCAUCGCUAUAUAGAGGAUGAAAGAUUAAGUGGUAAAUGCCCUCUUCCAAGGCAACAAGUAACAGAAAUUAUAUUUGUUUUAAAAGCAGUCAGUACUCUCAUUGAUUCACUUAAGAAAACUCAGCCUGAGAAUGUUGAUGGAAAUACCUGGGCACAAGUGAUUGCUUUAUACCCAACUCUAGUCGAAUGCAUCACCUGCUCGUCUGCAGAAGUCUGCUCUGCACUUAAAGAGGCACUCGUUCCUUUUAAGGAUUUCAUGCAGCCACCAGCAUCCAAAGUUCAAAAUGGAGAAUCUUGA